CGAAUCCACCAGCCCGUCAAGAUGAACAAAGUUGCCUGUUUGGUUUUGGCCCUGUUCGCAGUUGCCUACGCGGUUCCCUCGACUUACGAUACCGAGAACGUGUGGGUGGCUGGAAACCUGUCGUACGUUAUUCCCGACAAUGCCGUUUUGGGUGGCUUUGAUCCCUAUGGUUUCAACACCUAUGUGGGUCGUGUGAAGUACAUUAAUGACAUCCUGCCUGCCCGCGUUGUGGCCGAAACUGGCACUGCCUACUUCAAUACCCAGACUAUCUCCUCGAAGGUCCUUAACUACGACAUCCUGGUGGCCGAUCGCAAUGUUAAAUACGUGUGGGUGAGGAGUUUCGAUGGCUUCUACGAAAAGGGAAUCGUGGCCGUUGGCACUACGGUCAAAAAUGAGCGUGUUUUCUGUUGCCGAGCCAAGACCGAUGGAGGCGUUCUGAUCGGCACGCUUAUUCUCAGCGAUAAGGUCUGCAUCAUCAAGCACGAGACAUUGGCCCUGCGGAAGUUCGACAAGUACGAAGUGCUGGUCGCCCAGCCCAUUAAUGGAACCAUCUACUACUAAAUUAGAUCUUAGAUGAUAAUAAAAAAAGGAAUGUGACAUUAUUUAUGUAAAUGAAA